AUGAGUACCUCCGGAGAACACGUUGCUUUUCAACUUUACCGAUAUACACCUUCCCUCCCUGCAGCUGUGAUCUUCGCCGUCCUGUUCAUUCUGACCACGGUAUAUCAUAUUUACCAACUCGCCAAAAGUCGCUCUUGGUACUUCGUGGCAUUCGUCUUAGGUGGAGUUUUUCAAAUAAUCGGGUACAUUGCACGAGCGGCGGCGCACACAAAUACUAAAAGUGUACCUAUUUAUUCGAUCCAAACAAUUCUAAUUUUGCUGGCACCGCCGCUCUAUGCUGCGUCCAUCUACAUGGUCCUUGGAAGAUUGGUUCGGCAUCUUCGGGCUGAAAGUUACAGUAUGGUACCGUUGAAAUGGAUGACAAGCAUAUUCGUGACGGGCGAUGUGAUUGCAUUCUUGAUGCAAGCAGCAGGCGGAGGAAUCAUGGCGAGUGGUACAAUUAGCGCAAUGCAAACCGGCGAACAUAUUACAAUUGGGGGCCUCUGUGUGCAGCUUGUCUUCUUCACAUUCUUUGUGAUCACGUCGGUUGUCUUCCACGUUCGCAUCCGUUCGAGACCAACUCAGCAAACAAUCGGGGCAAGACAAAACCACGGAUUGCGAAUCACGCGCAGCUGGGAGUCCGUUCUUUGGGGGCUGUACGCUGCCAGCAUUUUGAUUUUGAUACGAUCGGUCUUCCGUCUCAUUGAAUACGCGCAAGGCAAUGACGGCUAUUUGAUUAGCCAUGAAGCUUUCAUGUAUAUUUUCGAUUCGACGCUGAUGUUUGUUGCCAUGGUGGCCACGAACGUGCUUCACCCUUCUGUGAUAUUGACUCCGAGUCGUAAGGGUGAUCUAAACUCGAUGGAACCUUUGAGAUCUUUUUCACGGACGCACUGA